AUAUGUAUAUGAUGUAUGCAUCGAUGAGAUGUGUCGCAAAGUAGUUUUGUUCGUGUGAAAUCUAUUAUUUUAGAAUUUUACCAAUAGAGCGAUAGAGAUCCAGGCUUGUGAUAAAUUCUUACGAGAUUUUUUGCAGAAUUUAUUGGGGGAAACAGACAAGGAAAAGCAAAGAUGGAGAAACAUUAGAAAUAAUCGAAAGAAGAUAAGAUGAAGGAUGUCUAACCAUAAAGAGACGAAUGUAGGAGUUAAUUUUCAAUACUGUCAAUGUUCAAUCUUCAUCUUCCAAGCAUACAAUAUAGAUAUCAGUUCUCGAGGCUAAGGGGAAGGAAGGAAGGAAGGAAGGAAGGAAGAAAGAUUAGUAAAGAAUCGAAAAUCAUUACGGAAAUAAGAGAAAGCGGACGAGGAAAUAAAUCCCAAAAUGGGUGAAAAUCAACAGCAAGGGCCGAUAUUCCGAUCGCUCAAUAGUCAGCACGAAUCUUUUGUCAGAUUUAUUAAUACAACGCCCCACUGCGUUACCCUAUACUGGAUUGAUUAUGAAGGUCAAGCGAUUAAUUAUGGCGAUUUGUCACCUGGAGACUAUAGGGAAAUCAACACGUUUCAUACUCAUCCGUGGAUCUUUGUCAAUAAAGAAACAGGAGUCAGGUAUUUGGUGCAGCAACAUGACGUUUUCUUUCCUGAACCAUGGUUCGUCAAAUAUCGUGGUGUUAGGCGAAGCGAGCUGCCGCAAAGAAUCGAGAGGACCGAUGUGCACAUCGUGCUACCGAUAUUAACACUGCAACAAUUGUCACUGGGGGUCAUCAAAAAGUGUUUGACGUGCGAUUCGCAGGCCUUUAUUCUCGACAUUCCACGAAGUCUCCAGUUAGAACUCUUUAAGAUGUUACCGAGAAAACCUCGAUCCUCGUGACAUAUUCUCGCAUAACGUUGUUGCUUUUUCACGCGAUUAAAAUAAUAGCGGAAAAUUCUGAAACAUUUGUCACUCUUACAAAGAAGAUAUUUUAUUUUUAUUAGCAGUUUCUUUGAUUAUAUAUAAAAGAAAUAUGUCAACAGAAAAUAUACAUAUAGAUGUAUAUAUAUAUAUAUAUGUGCAUAUACAAAUGUAGAUGCACGCACAUACGCGCACAUAUGUCGCGCGUAUAUAUUGCCAUGUUAUAUAUAUAUAUCAGUUGUUUUUAACAAUAUAUUUAUUAUAUUUAAAGCAUUAAUGCAAAUUAAUAUAUGGUAGUUUGGUUUAAUUUAAAAUAAAAGUAAAAUUUAUUUAUUUUUUUUUUUUUUAUGUACAUAUUACGUGAAAAUCUCAUAAAAUUUAAUUAGUUUAAUAAGAUACAUUUUCUUUUUUCUAAUUAUGGAUUAUAAAUUAUACAAAAUUAUUUGCAAGAAUAUUCAAAACAUGAGGUACUCUCAGAGAGAAAUGGCAUGCGAUGAAUGCGAGAUUUAUACCGAGAUAUGUACCGAGAUUUAUACGUCGAGAUAUGUUUUUCUACUUAAAAUAUGUUUUUCAAGGAAUCGAGAUCAAAAACAGAGAAAGAGAAAGACACGCAAAGUUGUCAGUUUCAUUUGUUUUGUUAUGCAUAAUUUUCUCACAAACGGAUUUACAUGUGAUAGAGAGAUUAUUUUGUAUUAUAUUAAUAUAUUUUAUAUACUUGCAGUUUUAUUAUUAAUGAGAGCAUUGUGUGUGCGUGCGUGCGUGCGUGCGUGCGUGCGUGCGUGCGUGCGUGCGUGCGUGCGUGUGUGUGUGUGUGUGUGUGUGUGUGUGUGUGUACACAUACAUGCUCGAAUAUCUCUUUGUUCUUUGUUUAAUGACGAAUAAACUCUACAAUGAAUUCUCUUGAUGUUCUAGCUUCUAAUAACGAUCUCGAUUAGGUGCACCGCUUAAGAAGUUUUGGUAAAACCGUCGAUCCUUAAUAGUAAUCCCAACUUGUUUCUGUAAUUUGUUCGUAGAGUUCCAAAAGUAUUAACCGGCUUUUCUCUUUUGCACCUCGUCCUUUACGCUCCUUUCAUGUUCUUCUUGUUUUGCACGUGAGCUUGAGAAUCUCGGAAGCGAAUUUUCGUUAAUUAACCAUUAACCGAGUAUCGAACACAUUUAAACUGUAUAAUGACGUUAAUCGUCGUCGAAAUGUAGUUUUUAUCAAUCAUGUGUUAAUUGUUGUGAUAGAUAGACACAUGUACUUCUAUAAUAGUAUAAAAUAAAAUAUAUGUAUUGUACUACACACACACACAACCAUUGAAACUGUAUAGAAAUAUAUAUUUUUAUAUUAUAA